AUGUCAACACGGAUAGAAAGACUUCGUCAUAGCCCUUUAGAAUCGCGAGGUCUGCCUCUUCACCUGUGGCCAACAGACAUAUCACAAGAUUUAAAGCCUAAAACACACCCAUGUAGCCCAGAACCAUGGCUUCUUCCAGGCUGCAGUUCAGUGUAUGAUAGUAUUGUCAGCUGCUCUAAAAACCCACAGUUGUCUUCACACAAUGGAGAAACAUUUGCUGCUCUGAAGCAUCACAGGUGCUCCAUUCUUGAGAGGUGCAUCCUGAAGAUGUCCACAGCUAGUAUUGCUGUUGGAACUGAGGCCGUAGAUGGAAUCAAGAGGUCACCAUCAGGGCGACAGUGGUGCUCCCACAUUGCUGAUCCAUCACAAUCUGAGACUAAUGAGGCUGUUUUGAAGCGCAGACAAAAACAGAUUCAGUACGGGAAGAACACCUGUGGCUACCAAAACUAUGUGCAUGAGAUUCCAAAGCGCCUGCGUAUCCCUGGCAUUCAACCUUCCACUCCCAACAAAUAUGGCAAAUAUAGCCGUAGAUCUUGGGAUAUGCAAGUCAGGCUCUGGCGCAGAGCACUUCACUCAUGGGACCCACCUUCUGCUUCCCAGAAAGACAGUGAGGGACAAGACCCAGUUGAUCAACUGCAGGACCUGCUUGAGAAGAUGAAUGUGGAGUUGUGCGAAUUUGGAGAAAAGGAGGUAACAAAGUCGGAAUUGGGACCAGACUCCAGUGCUUCCAUGAUUUCUCAAUAUUCUGACUUCUCAACUGAUGGUCUUUGGCUGUCUUCUAAUGCCUGUCAAGUUGGGGUCUCAUGCCACCAGGACCAACCCUCUCCGCUUGGAUUGGGCUAUACAUUUAGCAGUCAUCUUUCUGCUCAGGAGAAUGUUCUAGGAUGGUUGCGAUUUCUUCUCGAGACUGACCACAACCUGAACCAGGCACCUUUGCUGCAUGAAGAGCCUUUCUGGAGAUUUAAAUAG